GUCACGUGACAGGAAAAGACUUGGCUAGCGGGGAAGAGCGACGGGGAUCCGCAGCCUUAUCUUUUCAAUACCAAGUUAAACUAACCGCCAAAGUGGACGACACAAGGUUAUUUUAAAGAACAAACCAGCCCAACUUGUCGUUAAGUACUCACGUGAGCAAAACAAUCCCGUCCAGGAAAACAAGAGUUUUGGUUUCGAGUUGUUAGCAUGGAUGCUAACAUGGAAACGAUCGAAGAGUCUGCGUCGUUUGAAAACGAAACCGCGCAAGGCAUCGUCGAGCUUGAAAAAUCAGUACAGACGGAUGCCGUGGCAUCGGAUGGCGUCGCAAUGACCGACGCCGGCGUCAACGUGGCAGCGGACUGGGAGGAGCAGCUGGCGCUCAUGUUGGAGUGCGGUGACGGGCUAGCAGAGGAUUACAGCAACAUGGUCAAGGAGUGGCAGCGUGACGAUGCCGAGCGACAAAAGACGACGGCACAGCUGCAAAAAAAGAAGGCAGAGACCACCCGGCAGCAUCAGCUUCUGCUGGAGAAGCUGGACACGCUGCGAGUGAAGCUGCAGCUCAACAACUCCAAAAGCACGCGCAAGAACUACCUGUCCAUGAAGGACGACAGGGACAAGCUUUCCAGGGAUCUGCAGGAGAGCGCCGCCAAGCUAUCCGCGCUAACGCGGGAGCAGGAGGAGGAGCAGCGACGCUGGCAGGAGGAGCUGGACGACCUGAAGGAGGAGAUGGAGAAAAUAAGGCGGGAAGCCAAAGACGCCGAGAGCCGCGCCUUACGAGACCAGGUCGCCGCCGUGGAGGCACAGCGAGACGUCGCCAUGGAGCGCAUACAGGCCUGGCUCGCAGAGGUGUCCGAGUACGUGUCGUCACUGCGACCGCUCCAUCACCAGGAGAAGGCGAGCUGGGCGAGCAAAGAGGCGGCGGUGCGAAACAACCAGGCAGAGUUGGAGAAGCGAUUCCAGGAGGUUCUGGCACGUUUGCAGGAAGGGCGCGAGUUGGAGUCCCUCCCGCGCAUCAAUGUUCCGGCACUGCCGCGCAUACCCACGGCCGAGCUGAAUUUCAGACAGAUGAUGAUGUCCCAAAAUCUUGGGCCGCCACCCCAGCGAGCGCCUCAGUACUACAUGCCCCCUCAGCCCCACCUGCGUUACUAUGCUCCGCCCCCAACACCACCCGCAUACCAGGUCGUUCCAUCGACGCCGGCCGCCACCUCUUCGGGCCUCCUGGACAAGGUCCUCGACAAGCUGGGGGCGCGUUUCCCACAAUGCACCAGGACGCAGCUGACGCAUCUGCUGCAGCAGGUGAAGAGCGCCCGCGGGACCCUGGCGGGCAUUUCGGUGGAGCAGGUGGGCGAUCAGGUGGCCCUGGCGCUGGCGCGGGGCGACGCGCAGAGGCCGCCGCCCGCCCAAGCCGCGGAGCCCCGCAAGUUGUGCCUGAUGUGCCAGAAGGCCGUGGACCCCGAAAGCCGCCAUCCGUUCACUUGCGCCCACACCAUUCACAGGGACUGCAUCUGCAGAUGGAUCCAGUCUAGCGGGAACAACUCGUGCCCCUUCUGUCCCGCUAGGUGAGCGCGCUAAUGCUUGUUAGCUUAGCAUUGAAAUAUUACUUGGCGGACAUGUUUGUUAAACGUUAAGGGGAAGAAACAAUCGGAAGAUCAAUUUUGAUUGUUUUUCAUUCAUUCAUUCAUCUUCCGAACCGCUUUAUCCUCACUAAGGUCGCGGGGGGGUGCUGGAGCCUAUCCCAGCUGUCUUCUGCCCCCCGCCAGCCUGAAUUGGUUGCCAGCCAAUCGCAGGGCUGAUUGUUUUUCCAUUAAAAUCAUUUUAAGGCCACAGUGUCUUUUGUUUUGGUUUCAUAGCCAAGUUAGCAUUAGCAUAUGCUAUUAUGAGUUUUUCUCACCUUCUGCCGACAUUCUUGAACAAUCUUAACGGCGUCUCCGAGUUGCAGUGGUCGAUGUGGCGAGAACGAGUGUAUCUCAGCGUAGCUCAGCAUCGUCCUGCGGGAGUGGCGGAAAAACACGCUAACAAGGUGUUCUCAUGCUCGCCGUCAACCGCAAUCGACCGCGUGACGCGACACCCCACAGACCGCAUCCCUAAAGGCUUCACCCGGCAACCAAAUUACGCUUGUACGCUGCCCCCUGCUGGUAUCCGCUGGCCUUUAUGCGUCGUUAACGACUUUUACUGAAAGGUUGUUUUGAUGCGCAUCCAUCAUGGCCGUGGGUACAUCAAUUAAUGCUGUUGACGGCGGAGGAAGAGGGGGCGCUACCACCACCCCGUCCAGCUCAGUUUGUAGUAUCCCCCACCCCCUCCUCCCACCCGGCAUUAAAGUCCUGUCAUCCCAGCUCAGCCCCCCAGCACAGAGCUGUCAAUUAAAUGUGAUUGACUGGCUAACAGCAGCACAUAAAUACAAAAAAACAACAGACGGGAAAAUCUAUAUGUGCCUCCCCACCAUCUGCCCCCCUUCCCCACCCGACCGUCAAACAAAGUCCCGCCCCUCGCUGAACGUGCAACCAAUCAGCAGCAUAAUAGCCUCUGACCUCAUAUCAUAGUGUUGUCCCGAAAACAAGAUGCCAUUUUGCACCCGAGUUAAGCCCCCUAUUAGCGUUUAGCAUGUGUGGCUAGCAGCACUUGGCACAGGGAUGUCCAAACUUUUUGCACAAAAGGCCACACCUGGGUCGGGGGGGGGUGGAAACAAGGUUACAGCAUGGGCAUGUCUUUUUUUGUUUUUCCAUUGACAUUUUAAAAUAAAAAUAGUCGAGAGUAUCAUUUAACAUUUUUUAAAAAGGAUACAGAUAUUGUGAUAAGUUUUUUAACCAUGUACAUCAAUAAUUGUAACCAAUACAAAAAUUAUUCCAAAAAUGACACCCUUCAAUGUUUUAAUGUGUUCUCAUAAACUUUUAAAUGUUUUACAUUCAUUUUUUUGAGCACACACCGAGCCAAUGAACCCUGGUUAAGCUGUGUAUAUGCUGCAUUAUCAUGUUUUGUUCCCAAGCAAACAACUUGUCACGUUAGCAUGUUUUUAACAUGUUUCCAGUUUAGCAGCUAGCCACAUUAGCAUGCUGUGUGCGUAGUUUAUUGAACUUGCGGUCAUGUGGUAAUGAGUCGUCGUCAUCAUCCUUUAGCGGCCGGCCAACGAUUAUCAAGCUAGGCCCUGCUGCUGGAUCAUAAAAUGAAAACUGAACUCAAAUCUUUUUGUGCUCAAUGUGAAAAAUGUUCUCACCGUCACAAAUCUUUGAAAAGUCCACCGAGACGUUUGGUUAGCCGCUAAAUGCCCGAGAUUGAUGCUCCAACCGGAUUGAGCUCCACGCUCGUUUAAAAGGCGUCAAAAAGGUCCACUUAGCAGGCUCAAUUGAUGAUGUCUGCCUGGCAAAUUGGCCUUUGAUGCCACCCCCUGACUGAACCCCACCCCCCACUCCCACGAGGGGGUCUAAUGGGUGCUGCCCUAAUGGCGCCCUCCAUCACAUGCGAAUAUGAAACGUGACAAUUAGCCAAACGAGCUUUAGCGUUAGGGGAUAAAAAUAACAUGCUAGUUUUCGACAUCGACACCUGUGGGGGCUCAGGCGUGGGGGGGGGGGGCUGUUGCUCACAAUUCAAGGGGUGAUAAAUUCAACCUCAUCGAUUGGACAGCACUUAAGAGACCAUGUAUUCGGUUAAAGGCUACUUGUGAACUUGUGUGUUAAGAGUGACUAAAAUGCUACAGACUGGGAUAUGCUAUGACAAUAAAAGAAAAAAAAAACAAUCACGAAUUAAAUGUGAAAUUAAAUAAUGGGAAUGAGUCACCCAAGCUAAAUGUCAACAAAUAACUUACCUGCAUGAUGCCAACAAGGUAACGUGGGUGUGCUGCCAGCCUGGCUGUUUGAAAGUGCUCUAUAAAUACUGUUGACUUGAUAAUGUAAAACAAUUUGCAAUAAGAGAAUAAAUCAUGAGAAAUCAAAAUAAACCUUUAAUGUAUUUUUGGUAUUUAAAAAAAGCACUCGCAUUUGCUGCAACAUUUCACCUCCUUUGCUUCAUUUUGAUGACCUCAAAACACCUGCGUGACAUCUAUUCAUUUUGUCAUACAUCCGGUGAGCCA